AUGGCGACCUCAAAUGGCGACCCGAAUGUGUCGCGGCCAACCUCUGGCAUCAUCUCUCCUCGCGACGUGAGAUCUAGGACACAAAGUUUCUCCAGCGACCGACCUUCCACCAUCGCCCAUAGUCUCAUGUUGUCGCCGUUGUCUGUAUCACCUACAGCGGCCUUCAUUGCCGCGUCGGCCGCUUCCCAAAUAAUUACAAACGACCAUGAUAGCCACGCCGACACUUGGUAUGAUCAGCAUGGCAUUGAGCCAGCCAACGAGCCCGCGCUUGUCACGAUAGAGGCACUUCAGCUUGUCAAUAACUUCCUGGAUCAAUUACUUUUCAACUUUCUAUCCAAGUCACACGCUACCACACUCGCCAACCUGCGACCGGCCGUUUCUGAAGUACUGAAACCCAAACUAGCGAAAGACGCCGUGAACAACGCCGAUGAGGAGCUGCGUGAAUACCUUGGCGAAGGCGACGAGGAGGAUUAUGUUACGCCUCAAGGCGACAAAGCGCGCGACUGGGACCUGGAACUGGUUUGGAAGCGCACCCGUCUUCGAUGCAUGGUUUACUCUUCUCUGGGCGACAUGGAGGAAGAAGACGAGGACCUCUACAUGGAACAGGAAAACCUUGAGCUUGGUGCCAAUGAGCAGGCCAGCGAGGUCAUCUCACCCGCUGUCGCAAUUUUUCUCACCUCUGUCUUGGAGUACAUGGGUGAACUGACCCUUACUGUUGCGGGUCAAGCCGCAUACCACAGAUUGCGGACGAAAUGCCAGAAGGAGAUCAACGACGGAACCCGAAACCCUUCCGAUGUCGCUGACCGUAUUGUCGUGGAAGAGCAAGACAUGGAAAGAGUAGCACUCGACCGAACACUGGGGCGACUGUGGAGGGGUUGGAAGAAGCGGAUACGAUCGCCUGUCAUUGACUUAAGCGGCCGCUCCUUUUCAAGGGCGUCUGACGGACACCCGAGACAAGACAGCGUGAUCAGUGACUCACCUGCCCUCAGCGGGGCUGCUACCCGCGAUGUUGAAGAAGAGCCCAAUGCUGAAGUUGAGCCAUCUCAGAUUGCCCUUCCAAUGGGAGACAAAGAUGUGGAUGAAAUCGAGGUUCCGGGUCUGACAUAUUACAGUGAUGAUGAUAACCAAGAAGAGGAGGAUGAGGCUGUGGAAGAAACUAGCGGUCGUCGACCAAAGAGUUUGUUCAUUAUGCCACUAGGAAUUUUCCAAGGCCUUCCUACACCAACUGUGUCGCAGCCCAACACGCCAGACUUCACUGGUCGAAAGCGUUCAAACUCACUUCCAACGCCCGGCGCCUCGCCAUACCGUGCUGCCGUAAAACGCUCAAAGGAAGGUGUUCCAGUCUUGAAAACCACUGGUGAAGAUGCAACAAAGCUGUCUGAGAAUGACAAGGCCGAGCAAAGCAGUACCGACCCGUUAAAGGAGGCUGAAGAGGACAAGUCACAGAAUGAGCCUGUCCCAGAGCCCGUGGUAAAAAAGAACCAACGAUUGUCAAAGAUCAUCACAAGUCGCAUCCAGUCGCGACAGGAAACUGCGGAAGAGGACCCAGCGUAUGAGAAAGCAGAGAUAUUGACUUCGGCUCGGGUGUCAGUAGCCGGAAGCUCCUCACCAGCACUCUCUGACACUGGUGGACCUUUCCUGCUCAGGAGGUCCUCGAGUGUGCACUCGGCUCGCAUUAUUGAUGUGGCCGGUCCCAAGAGCCCUAGCGGAUCUCGUUCCCCUUCGGCCGAUGCGGCAGACCGCAUUCGCCGUGCAAGUCUGACGAUUCCUUCAAGUGGCAGCCUCACAAACGUUGCUAGUGCAGCUGAUGCGCAAGCGCAGAACACUCUCACGACUACACCGCGUCCAGUUGUCACAGUUCCCAAGAGCCGUUCCCCUGUCGAUGUUAUGCGAGGCUCAGUGCCCAGUGCUGCAACCAUUUCCGAGUCGGAUGAGGAGGGUGACCGCAAUCGUAUCCGGGAACAGAGGCCUCACAAGUAUUUGGCUUACCAGCCAUCUACUCCAACUGUUCCUGAAGCUGUUUCGCCCACUGAGAGUAAGCGGCCUCAAGGCAUUGUUGGAGCACCACCACAAUCGCCAGACCUUCCCCAAUCAGCUUCUGCCCAAUCAAAUCGUAACGCUUCACGAAAUGAAAAGGUCCCUACAUCCCCCACACACAGUAUUGGUAUGGUUUCGAUAGAGCGCUCAAAGACAAGAGAUUCGGACGAAGAAGGUGCAAGCGCGCAUACACCACGACCAACUCACACUUCUGGCUCAUCAGCCUCAUCCGGCAUCAGUCGUCUGAAGGCUGUUAGAACCUCCGAAGACAAUGGUAGCCGCUCCAAUGUGGCCCGUAAUUUUGAGGAACUGAUACAGAGUAACCAAACCAUCACCUAUACGUUGACACCCGAGAACAUGCGCAACAUGGAUCACAACCAGCCUCUUGAUGCCUCUACUUUCAAGGGGUCAAGGAAAGGCGAGGAUAGUCUUUCACACCACCGAUCUAGGUCUUCAUCAGCGACAAAUGACAUUAAGCGGUCAUCUCAGCACCCGUCAAAGCCUUUCCCGGCUCCUAACACAGGAAGACCGCGUAUGUCGGCUGCGCCAAGGGACGCUCGAGUGCCCAGCGAGUCUAUCGCAGAUUUUGCAGAUUUUAUCAAAUCUACUGGUCCUCCAGGAGACAGCCGUCCAAUUCAACGAAAUGUGAGCAACCCAUAUACCCUUGGCAAGUCCAGCCUCGAUAGUCGCCGAGUUUCGUCGGCAAGCAAUCGGAAUCGCUAUACACCGCGUGAGGCUGUGACUCAGUCUCGUAGUGGCAGUUCGGAUCUAAUCGACUUUAUCCGACAGGGACCCCCAGGCGCAAACAGCAACCGUAUUCCUCAGAGCAUCGCACCUUGGGACACGACCGGUGCCGCAGAGCCGUCAGGCGGCAAGGCCGUUGACGCCAACAUCCCCGAUAUUCGAUACAGCCAAGCCUCAACACACGGCACCGAGUCGUCGAUGCCUUCUAUUCACUCAUCUAUCAACUCCAACACAGCUCUUCUGAAAAACAAAGGUCAACCUGCUUCCGCUAACAAGAUGUUUGAUGAUGACGACAUGAUGCCGAAGCGCAAAACUCGCCGUGUCAAGGAUCCUUACGCCAUCGACUUUAGUGAUGAGGAUGAGGAGGACGAUGAGGUUCUGCUCGCGACGCCUAAACCUCCUGUUAAGAAAGAAGAGAGUUUGGCAGAGUUCCUCAUGAACUGCGAACCUCCGCCGGAGCCUGUCUCAGCUCCCAUCUCCGAAAAGAUGCCAAAGAAGAAGGCUAGCGCGCCGAGCCUCAUGGGAAGGUUCAGUCGCAAGGAAAGUCAAUCCAGUACUGCCCCUGCGUCACCUAAAGCCAACGACAGCCGGUCACUCAGCAGUCGUGCUGGUCUCAGAAAUUACAUCCCCAUCCAAGUCAACGUCCAAUCCGGCUAUGACAAGUAUGGAAUACCCACAGGCGAGAACCAAUCUCGACCGCCGCCUGUCUCCUCAGCCUCCUCUGGACGUCGUGUACCCAUGAAGAAGUUUGAGCCCCGAGAAGCAACCUCCAACGUUUCCCGUACAUCAGAUCUCGCAGCGUUCCUUCGAAGCUCAGAACCGCCGCCUGAGCCCAUAGCUGCCCCUUCUCCUCCCGUAAAGGAAGAGAGCGGCAGCAGCCUAUCCAAGAUGUUUGGUCGUCUGAGAAAGUAA